AUGGGAACCGAUUUGCUCGACCAUGGAGAUCUCCAGGCCUCGGACAAAUACAAUAACGUUGAUGACAACGUUAGCAAUAACGUUGAAGUCAACGUUAGUAAUUACGUUGAUGACAACGUUAGCAAUAACGUUGAGGUCAACGUUAGCAAUAACGUUGAGGUCAACGUUAGCAAUAACGUUGAGGUCAACGUUAGCAAUAACGUUGAUGACAACUUUAGCAAUAAUGUUGAUGACAACGUUAGCAAUAACGUUGAGGUCAACGUUAGUAAUAACGUUGAUGACAACGUUAGCAAUAACGUUGAAGUCAACGUUAGCAAUAACGUUGAUGACAACGUUAGCAAUAACGUUGAUGACAACGUUAGCAAUAACGUUGAGUUCAACAUUAGCAAUAACGUUGAGGUCAACAUUAGCAAUAAGUAUCAGUCCUGGCUGCUGCUGCUGCCCGAAUGA